UGUUUCUGUACAUUUAAUCUCUCCACAGAUGAGGAAGGAGUCCCCUCCGACCCCCACCACCACCCCCACCAGGACACCGCAGUUCACCCGUCGAUUCAGCAGCCCAGAGGGACCCCCCACUUCCAGGCCCCUCCACCAGGCGACAGCCACCUCCCCUGCCUCCCCACCCUGGGAGACGAGGUGCAAGUCACCCACGGUGGUCAACCAAACCACCAAACCCUUCUCCACAGCCUCUUUAUCCAGGCCUAAACAAUCCACUACCACCUCACCUAUAUCGUCUGUAUCUCCCUGGGGGUCCCGUUGUCAAUCCCCUAACAUGAACCAGACAACCAAGCCUUUCUCCACCACCAUCCCCAACUCUUCCUCUUCCAGACCCUCUCACCAAGGCAACAUCACCUCUCCUCUCUCCCCCUCACCCCUAUCCCCUCCCUGGGGUUCCAGAUGCCAGUCUCCCAUCGUCAGCCCCAACAACUCCAAGGCAAACCAUCGCCUGUUAGCCAAGAACAUCAUCAACGCGGCCAAACGUAAAAACAGCCCGUCCCCAGGUGCUCUGAGCGGCCGCAACCUCCCAAUCUCCCCACUAGGUGACAACACCACCCACCAGCACCAACAGGGCUACGACCACCAGCACCACUACAGCAGCUCCAAACCCCCCUUCAGCCCCUACCAGCCCAGGGCCAUGGGGUGCCAGUCUCCCCCCUUCGCCAGCCCUCCUCCCACCCCUACAGGGGUGAUCCGGUCCCCAGUAAGGCUCUACAACACCAGGUCCCUCACUGACUCGGAUGCUUCGGUGGAGUCGGAGGACUCUGGGUUGAGGUCUCCAGGACUGCAGCGUACCCACAACACCUGUCCCCGGGGCUGGGGCGGCAGCCUGAGGGUGAAGAGGGGUAGUGUUGGCACCGACCUAUAGGGGGAGCCGGGGAGAGAGGGUCAAGAGAACGGACCAUUGAGCUUACCCAAUAAGAGAAGAAGAAAACCCAGAGAGGACAUUGAUACGGGGGACUGGUGGGUUUUGGGUAAUUUUUAAUUUUGCCUCACAGGUGAGAUAUGGAAAGGACUUUGAAAGGAACUGAUCUUGUGUGUUUGUUGCUUUGGAGCAUCCAGGAGUAAGGGAAAAAUAAUGGUGACCACACAGUAAAGAACCUGAUGCCCUUACAACACAGCUGGGACAUAGAAGCAACCUGUUUGGUGAUUCUAAAGUCAACUAUAACCCACUGAUUUAGCUGGCUGGCUUAUAGAAGAGUCCAGGACCAUCAAGCUCAGAGCUCAACAGUGGGAUUACUGAGAGGAGAUUGAAGGGACAAUUCACUGUUGCCUCUGCCUCUCAUUCUUACGUUUUAUAAAAAUACUUUAUACAUUUAUUUCACACAAAAAAAGUAUAUUUAAGUAAUUCUAAAAUCCAAAGUGACCUGUCUACAAUUUAAUAUUUGGACCUUGUCUUUGAAAAAACGAAAUGUAUUUUAUUCAGGAAUUGCUGAAAUGUAAAACCAGCUUACUUACAUUUGACUACGACAAAAGUUCCAUGAAAAAUACAAUUAUUACAGUAGCUUACAUAUGUUUACUCUAAAUAAUAGUUUAUUCUAAUUUGUACCCCCCAUAAAAAAAUCAAAGGGCUAGAAGAAAAAUACCAUAGAUAAUAUCUGGAAUGAUGCAAUGUUUUCAAAACAGUGUUACACUUUUCAUCCCCCACAUAAGACAUUAAUAAUGUGAUGACGUAGAUAGGCCCUUUGCAGUUAUUCCGUAU